UGAACGUGCAACAAAACAAAUGACUACUCGACAAAGGUAUACGAAUACCGAAGUGGCUAAAAAUAUUUACGAACACCAGAAAAAUUUGACUACAUGCAAUAUUUUCUAAACAUCACGUGCUUCGUAAUCUGGACAGAUUUCCGAGCGCAUAUUGGCCGGGACCCAAUCUGCUUCCUGGGUAUUGUCUCACCAACGGAAAUCAUUGCGGGACUUAUUGAUUAUCCAUUUCGGACAUCUGAUAGUUACUGCAUGUACAAAAUAUUUCUUUAAGGGCAGUUAUCAGCCAGACAAUUUCCAAGAAAUAUUGAAUUCUUCGUCAAUUCUUUAUUGUCUGUAAUUAUGCAUGCAAUUAUUCCAUUUCUACAAAUAAAACACCAUUCGUAAUGGAUAAACAGAUAUGUGCAACGUAAUUUUAACAAUUAACCGAAUGACAAACUACACCCAGAUUAUUUUUUCGGUCAAAUAAGCCAAAAGGGGCGACAAAUCGUCAAAAAUCUUUUGGAGUUUAAUUUUUGGAACUCAAAGAUUGUGGCUGGGAGCAAACGUUCAAGAAUUUAGACAAAGUAGUUAGUCGGGUUUUGGACUAUGGUCCGAUUCAGCGAUCGUUGCGGUUGUUUUUUUUUUUUUUUAAUUAUAAUUUUUUUUCUGGUUUUGUGUUGACAUAAGACGUAAACAAACUUUUUGGGAUAAGAAAAGGUCAGUGGAUGAAAAAUCUCUUCUCAAACAUCAUACAGUGGAUUUGUAAAAAUUUUCGAAUGAAUGAAUCAACGCAUCCAGAGGGAUGUUCCAUCCCUACUUCUUGUUUUGGAUGUCCUAACCUUUCCGCUAUCGAUUUAUAUUGACCACAGUUUCUAUCUUCCCAUGAUCAGAUUUGAAUAACGUUACACUUACUUGAAAUACUCGAAAAAAUUGGACUUGUAUAUAAUUCAAGCAAUUGAAUUGUAACCGAUCUAUUUAUAUGGUUCCAUCCUUACACAUAUCAAAUAAAUCUAGCACAUAGUCAGCAAAGAAGGAAUAAAGACGUAUCUAAGUUGAAUUCACCAUGUAGCAGCUUUUCUGUAAUUUUAUUGGUGAUCAUAUUUUCAUUCAUAGCUCAUUGACCGACUGUAUUUAUUGAAAUAUCCAGCCAUUAAUUUUGGGUCUGACUAUGGCUGGAGUUCAAGACAUGGAAAUCAUUGAACUCGUUUCUGACGAGGAACAACAUGCUACCAGAAAUAAAAGGGUCAAAUCUAAAGGCUGUACCAACAAUUGUAUUAAUUUCAAAUGUAAAUCCGGAGUGAAUAUGAAACCAGCGCCUUCGUUCGCUUGCCUGUUUUACGGAUCAACCUCAAAUAAAAAAAAAAAGCAUCAGAUAUGUGAAGAGUGUUUGGAUGUCGUAUUAAAUCAUCAGGAGGAACUGGCAGAUUGUCUGGUAAAUCGAAAACCACUUCUCGAGUGUGAAUUCCCUGAUCAUACCAUGGAAGUGGAAAUAUCAGAUAGCGACGAUUCAAGCAAUGAAGAAAUGAAUGGAUCCAAUGAAGAAGAUGAUUAUGUACCUGAAGAUGUUGUACUUGACAUCGAAGAAAAAGUAGAUAGUGCCCUGACAAUGAUUUUUGAAAAAUAUGAUAUUGAUUUUCAAAUCGAGCAAGCACAUAAGGUGUUGGAACAACAGUGGAACAAAAUAGAUGAAAAUAAUCAAAGACUGGACAAAGACUUAUCAAAAAUGAUCUCUGAGAUGGAUAGAUUGCGUAACAGUUUGUACGAUGACUUUAAGCCCCAGAUUAGGAUGCUUCCAGAGUUAGACGCAGACGUCGAGACAACGGAAACCCUUCCCUUCCCUUUAGUUGCCACAAAGAAGGUUACACAAAUGCGAAUUGUACCACCGGCUUUACCGGAUAGCCAGCCAGAAAUUUUACCUUGCGAUGAAAUCGAAGCUCAAGUAGACAAAGUAGAUUUGCCACCUGCUGGUUUACUCAAGAAGUCUACACCAGAAGUUUCUGAUGCGGUUUUCGUUAUGAAACAUCCAUUAAUGGCAUGGGUUGAAGCUAGGGUCCAAAGUGUGGUUUCAAGAGCUCCAUCGCAGUACAGAGUAAAAAUAACGUCAAAAAAGAGUCAAUCUGUGACAAGGGUAGUGCGGGGUACACAAUUGGCUCUUGCAACCCCUAGUCCGGUUCUGAUUCCAGUUGGUACGCGAGUUGUGGCCAUUUUCACUGAUAUUUCUUGCCAAGGUGGUUACUUCAGCGGAGUAGUUGCAGAACCACCCAAAUCGACAAAUAAAUACAGGUAUUUGAUAUUCUUUGACGAUGGUUACGCUCAAUACAUCACCCACAAACACAUUUUGAUAGUAAACGAGUGGUCGUCUCGUGUUUGGGAAGACAUUCCAAAAGAGUCACAAGAUUUUGUGAAAAAGUACAUGGAAUCCUAUCCCGAAAGACCUAUGGUCAAACUGCAACCUGGUCAGUUGGUCAAGACGGAAUGGAAUGCAAAAUGGUGGAUAGCAAAAGUUAUAAGCAUCGAUGCUAGUUUAGUGCAAAUGCAUUUCAACGCGGAUCGCCGAACCGAAUGGAUUUACCGGGGCUCUACCAGGCUAGGGCCGCUCUACGAUGAGCUACUCAAGGCAAAUGCUAGGCAGCAAGGCCACCAUGCCUUGCUUAACAGUGCCAGUCAUCGUUUCCCAUCUGCAGUAAAUAGAAGUAGUCUUCCUUAUGUUGAAUACACAUCAAACGUUGAACCUGAAGAAGAACUUAAAGCUGAAGCAGAUAAGUCCCAAAAAGUGAUGGAAUUACGAACGAGUUCAGGCGCUACGAGUAUCUCCAUAGGUAACGAGGCUGCAGAACCAGCCCCAACGCAAUCACGAGCCGUUGCAAAAAAAAGUACUAGUAAAAGGCAAUUUUCUGUUGAAAAUACCAACUUCAACACUAUUACUACAUCUACUAAUAAUACUACUACUACUGCUAUCCCUACUAUCACCAGUAGUAUCAGUACAGGAAGUAACACUAAGCCGUCUCACAGCAUCGUGUAUUACCAGACACAAAACAAGAUCCAAACUCGCAAAUUCGUACCCCACAAAUGUAGUUCAAGAUGUGUCGAAGGUAUAUCUUUCACGCCUGAUGAUCUACGGGGUUAUUCGCCACUUUCAAUCCCGCUUCUUUGUGGUUGGAAUCGUCAGUUGUGCAAGUUCCCAAAAAUGAAAAAAGUCAUACUGUAUCAAGCCCCAUGUGGUAUCCGCCUCCGUACAAUAGAGGAGUUACAUCUGUACUUACGGGUGACCGGCAGUCCGAUGUCCGUAGACUUGUUUGAUUUUGAUUACUGGGUUCAUUGCCUGGCUGAGUUUGUACUGGACAAAUGUUUUGUCAAUAUCAAGGAUCUUAGUUAUGGUGUUGAAAAUGUUCCAAUACCCUGUGUAAACGAAUUAGAUCAUGCCUUGCCAGACACCAUUAAAUACAGUACACAAAGGCAGCCGAUGGAAGGUGUUCACUUAAAUUUAGAUCCGGAAUUUUUAUGUGGCUGCAAUUGCGAAGACGACUGUCAAGAUAAAGAAAAGUGUGCAUGCUGGCAACUGACCAUACAAGGAGCUACUUUGGGUGGGCGAAUGCCCGACACUGCCGUUGGUUACGUUUACAAAAGACUACCAGAAGCUGUGGCAACUGGUAUCUAUGAAUGCAAUUCUCGAUGUAAAUGUUCCGUAAAAACUUGCUUGAAUAGGGUAGUUCAGCACCCGCUUACCCUCAAACUACAAGUAUUUAAGACAGGACCCAGAGGUUGGGGGAUCAGAUGUCUCAACGAUAUUCCGCAUGGAUCAUUUAUUUGCAUAUAUGCCGGCACACUACUCACGGAACAGGGCGCUAAUGAAGGGGGAAAAAACUAUGGUGAUGAAUAUCUUGCGGAAUUAGACUAUGUAGAGGCAGUAGAGGGCAUUAAAGAGGGUUAUGAAAGCGACGUUAUGGAACCAGAAGAACCGGAGGAAAAAGUAGCUGACGUUGAAGCACAACCGCAACCUGUCAGCGAAGAUGAGGAUACAACGAAAGAAGCACAAGAUUCUGACGAAGAUUUCAACAUCGGUAAAAAAAUAAAUCUCGAUGUUGACCCAGCCACAUCGAUAAGAAAACGGCUGAGAAAACGGAAGAAAGAUGAGAAUGAUGACAGAAUUGGUUCUGAAGACACUAGUGAGGAUGGCAGUUUGACUAAGGAUUCCGAAAGUUCAUCUGGAAAAGCUACCUCUACAAAUCAAGAUGACCGGAGAGUAGAUUGUGAUCUGAUUACUAUAAGUGACGAUGAGGAUGAUGGGACUGUCAGAAGAGAACCCAGCAGAUUUGAACCUACUGUAGAGCCAACCCAGUUGGGUUCAAAUCAAUCCAAAUCAGUGCGAGAAUACUUCGGAGAAGAUGAAGCCGUAUACAUUAUGGACGCAAAGACCACUGGAAAUAUUGGACGCUACUUAAACCACUCUUGUGAUCCGAAUGUAUUUGUGCAAAAUGUAUUCGUGGAUACCCACGAUGUCCGGUUUCCAUGGGUUGCCUUUUUUGCUCUGAACUACAUCAGAUCAGGUCAAGAACUGACGUGGAACUAUAAUUAUGACGUCGGAAGCAUACCAGGAAAAGUGAUUAUCUGCAGAUGUGGCAGCUCCAACUGCAGGGGACGUCUCUUGUAAAUUUUUUUUCAUACUGCAUACUGGAUCUCGAUAAGUAGCUCUUUUCAAUUGUAAGAUAUUUUGAUCAAUUUCAACAAUUACCUCGGCAAGGUUAAUUUGUUUUUUUUUCGUGCGACAGUGCGAUUGUAGCUAUCAUACCGUGUGUUUGUUAAUGUAGGCGAAUCGGAAUCUCAUGAGAAAUAUCACUCAAUGAAUACCGACUGCGAUUUCGCAAAAUAAAUAACAAUUCCUGCGUA